AUCAUAAACACACCCCUCUCUUUCUCUCUCUUGAUUCUCUCUCUAUAUAUAUAUGUAUAAGCAAUAUCCCCAUAUCCAACAUCACUCUAGCUAGACAUGGCAUCCAAGACCUUCUUCACUCUUCUUUUCACCCUGUUUAUCCUCUUUGCAUCUCAGACUAGAGUCCCAGUUGCAGAAGCUCGAAUGUGCCAGUCGCAAAGUCAUAUGUUCCAUGGAACUUGUAUGCGUGACCAUAACUGCGCUCUCGUCUGCCGUAACGAGGGUUUCUCCGGCGGAAAGUGCCGAGGCUUCCGCCGCCGUUGUUUCUGCACCAGGCUUUGUUAGAUUCAUGUAGUUGGUUGUGUCAUUUCAAUUUGCUUUUGGUUUCCUUGUUGCAUGCAUUGGACCUAUCUAUCUAUGUUGUUCGAUCAUCUUUUAAUUUUAAUGUCAAGUAUGUUGGGUUUUUGAGUUCA